UGGAUGUCGUACGAAGACAAUUUAAACCUUCCGCCCUAUUCAGGUUUAGGGUAGUCAAAUGUGCUUUUAUGUCUGUGUUUGUGUUGUCCCAACUGCUGUUUAAUGGGCUAGUGGAAGUGAAUAUUGUUAUUCUCCAUACACAAAGGCAUUAAACCAAACGAUAGAAAAAGCACACUAGAAAAUUUGUUCCAUAUGUUCCUACUUUGAAGCAAUUUCCUUCAGAAUAGUUACUAUAUAACUAUGGAGUGCUUCUGCCACUGUUAUGUCUGGAUACCAUUUUUUAUUUUGCUCCAAGGGAUUUGUGAGGCUUAUACACAACAAAAAUUACUUGUAAUAUCUUUAGAUGGUUUCAGUCAUAAUUAUCUAGAUCGUGCUAAGCUUCGGAAUGUCAACAUUUCCUCUUUUGAACGGAUUUGGAAGACCGGAAUACGUGUUAUGAAAGUACAUAAUGAGUUUAUUACUCGAACAGGACCAAAUCACUUAUCACUGGUCACUGGGAUGCAUGAAGAGAGUCAUGGUAUUGUUGAUAAUGUGUUUUAUGAUCCUGAGCUUAAUGAUACUUUUGACUUGAGUAAUACGAGGCAUUUAUCACAAUUAAAGUGGUUUGAUGUUGGGUCUGAACCAAUUUGGGUUACAAAUCAACGUCAUGGUCAUAAAAGUGCUGUUACGUUUUGGCCAGGGAGUAGUACACCAUUCAAAGGACAAUUACCUAGUUUUUAUUAUUCCCAGUAUAACCAUCAACUUCCUUUAGUUGAUCGAAUUAAUCAAACCAUUAAGUGGUUAAAUUUAGAUGAAGUGACACUUGGUCUAAUAUAUUUUCAUGAACCUGACUCACAGGGUCAUUUGACCGGACCUGACUCUGUCGAAAUUUUUAAUGUUAUCGAGAAGUUAAAUGAUGAUAUUGGGUACUUACUGUCUUUAAUUGAUACUAGGCCAUCUCUAAAAUCAUCACUUAACAUUAUUUUAACAAGUGAUCAUGGGAUGUCUGGAGUGGAUGCUAACAGAAUAAUUAUUCUGCAUGAUUAUAUCAACGAGAGCAUGUAUUAUAGUCCGGGGUCAGAGGAUCGUGUGUUUUGGUCAUUAUGGCCAAAAGAUGGGAGCUCAUCUAUUAAUCUCUACAAAAGACUGGUCGGAAAACAUCCAAAGAUGAAUGUUUUUCUGAAGGAUAAUAUACCUAUUCGUUUGCACUACUCGAAUAAUCGACGAAUAAGCCCAGUGGUAGUUUAUUCGGAGCCUGGGUGGACAAUCGUUAGAUCACGAAAAUCGGUUGCGAAAUUUACUAAACGUGGAGAUCAUGGUUAUGAUCCGGACCAUGAUGAAAUGUCUCCAUUCUUUCUAGCUACGGGACCAGGAUUCAGGAGCACGAUUGUUGGUGGCGGUCAAAUAAUUAGUUCUAUUCAUCUGAUUGAUAUUUAUCCACUGAUGUGUGCCUUACUCAAUUUAAAUAAACCAGCUCCAAACAAUGGUAGUUUAUCACGUGUGAUGUCACUCCUUCAUGAUGGUAGUGGUGUUAAUGUCUACUUCUCGAGUUUUCUGGAUAUGUUCACUGUCGGAAUUGUUUUAUUAUGUUGUACAACCGUAUCAAUUGUAUACAUAAUAUGCACAUGUAUUUCAUCUAAAGAUUAUCUAUUUCCUGAUGAUAAUAAUAAUAAUAAGUUAAAACAUUCUAUUUAUCAACCAAAUUCAUUUCUACUUCAACGACGUUUACGUAAUAAAUCUCAACAUGAUAAACAAAAACAACAAUAUUGUAAUAUUGAAUUAAAUAAGAUGAACACUUUAAAAAAUAAAAUAAAAACAAAAAAUAAAUUCUAUGAAAUGUAUUUAAAAAAUGAAUCAAUUAAACAAACAACAGAUAGACAACGAUUACUUGAUUAUAAUAUACGGGAUAGUAAUGUUCCCAAUAGUUACAAUGUCGGUUGUCAUGAUGAUGAAGAAUAUGAAGAAUAUAAUCGAUUUUCUAUUCAACAUAUAGAUGAUGAAACUUUUUUAAAUUUACUUCGUCAACCAAAUAGUAAAUAUCCUUAAGAAUGCUUAAAAUUUUUCUUCUAGUAAUCUAUUAGUGACUUAUUCUUUCAGUCUCUUACUUUGUUACUACAUGUUGUGAUAUUGAAAUUUGUGAUAUAACCAUAGUGAUUUAGGUGCAUUAUGAUUUGAAGUUUAUAUAGAUGGCUGUGUUUCAUGUUAUUAUUGUAUUUAUGCAUAGCCAAGUGGCAUAAAUUUUUGUGUUUUCUUGUUUUUAUUAUAUUUUCAAAUUAACUGUAUCUACUUUUGAUUACUUCGUUUAUGUAUAUGUAUUGACACAUAUUUGUAUGAACAUGUAUCAUUUAAGGUAUCAGUUCGAUUAUUACUUUUUGUGUAUGUGAUGGAUAUUUGUGAUAUUUUGCCAAGUUUUCUUUGGUUAUUUUUGUUUAUGAAUUUUUAUUAAAUAUUAUUUAGUUACUAA